AUGAGGGCGAUUGCUCAUGAGUGGCCCAAUGUGGUGAAGGGUGCACGUUGGCUUGUAGGUAAUGGCAGGUCCGCGCGGUUUUGGCUGGACCCAUGGUUGGGAUCGUUAGGCCCUCUAAGCUCGAUCGUUGUUAACGUCCCGCCCUCAGAAUUCUGUAAUGCGACGGUGGCCGAGUUGGUUAGCGGCUCCGGAGAAUGGCGGUGGGACCUGCUUCAUGGUCUGCUCCCGGCGUCCAUAUUAAUACGUCUCGCAGCGACUCUACCCCCACGAGAAAUGGAGGACUCCAAUCGGCUGGUUUGGGGUUUCUCUCCCGACGGCCGCUUCACCAUGAAAUCAGCCUAUAAUUCCCUUUUACAAAGCGUGAACGAGCCCCAAUUGCCACUGUGGAAGAUUAUUUGGCGUGUCAUGGCGCCACAAAGGGUUCGAAUUUUUUAUGGCUUGCUAGCAACGAGCGGUUGCUUACCAAUGUUGAGCGAGUUCGGCAGCAUCUUUCAAGAUGAGGGCUGCGAUUUUUGUGGAGGUCGUGAGAUGAUACUCCAUGUCUUGCGUGAUUGUACUUUUGUGAAGAACUUAUGGAAACGGCUGGUGCCCACGGGCCUUGGGGAGGACUUUUUCGCACUGCCCCUUCGGAGGUGGCUUACACAAAAUCUCGCGAAGUCAAGGCUAGGCUCUUGUUCCAAUUGGGGCGGUCUAUUCUCGGUUGUGACCUGGCGAGCGUGGGCUUGGAGGAAUGACCGCCUAUGUAACGGGCGAUCCCUUGGGUGUGAGGAGCGUCGAGUGGAGGUGUUGUCCCGGGCUGCGAGCUGCCGCCGUGCGGCCGAGGCCCUCGCUAAGGCCGGAGCAGUCAUGCACCGAAUCGUCGUCAGAGUCACCUGGAAUUUCUGCAUUAUCGGGCUCGUCGUGCGCAUUCGGGUCAUUUUGCAGGUCACUUGCUGCAUGCGCUGGGUGCGUUGCCGAGGCCUAUUGCAGCGUCGCUGGGUCGCACUUUGUCUGCCCAUGACAUUGUCGCGCGAGGUGAUCGGAGAACUCGCUGCCAACGGGUCGUACCCGAACUCCUCAAGCGGACGCCUACAAGCUGCCCAGUUGAGGUCGCGCAUGCACUCGAGAAUGCCAUAG